AUGUAGCUUUUUCUUCUUAGUAAGCGGAUGAUUCUAGUAACUAGCUCAAUUUUGAAUGAAAGUAAGCUGUAUUAAUGCUGUUUGGUAUGUUAGGUUUUAGAAACAUAUUUUCAAGACCAAGUUACAAUCACUAUAGUGAUCUGGUGACCCUGCGGAAGGAUCUGUAUUUGGAAAGUUGUAUGUCAUCCGGCCGUAGCUCAUUUCAAGGGCUUUCCGCUGCAAUCAUUGCCCAGUCAACGCUGUGGAACAUAGAGUGGAGGAGUGCCUGUGUCUCUCCCAGUCCUUGUUACAACGGAAAUUUCUUGGAUUUCCCUUACUUGAGUGCGAGUUCUUUGACAGAGCUUGGUCUACUGUACCCGGGAACCUCGCGGCGCCCUGCCACCGUUUUCCAGAGUGCUGAAUGGGAGAGUUACUACUCAAGGAUUUCCUGCUGAAAGACGGACUAUAUUUGAAAAGCUCCAUGCCGGGAAUUAAUGCACAUCACGCGGUUUCCGUACCGAGUUCCAAGCACUACGACUUCGAGUCUUUGCAGCCCUACUUCUACGAGGAGACAGACGACCCUGCCCGAGAGGAUGACUUCUACUCCACGCCGAGCCCGUCCGUACCUCCCUCCGAGGACAUCUGGAAGAAGUUCGAGUUGUUGCCGACACCGCCUCGGUCGCCCUCGCACCCUGCCCCGAAGUCGUUCAUUCCCACGGUCGCUGAGAAGCUCGAGAUGGUCUCGGAGCUACUCGACGAAGACGUGGUCAACCAGAGCUUUAUUUUCCCACUGGACACACAGUCCUUGAAGUCAAAGCUUAUCCAGGACUGCAUGUGGAGUGGGUACACCAACGAAGAGAAGGUUGAGAAGGCAGCCCAGGCACAAGAGGCGACCCCGCCGCCCAUGGACUACACCAGUAACGACUGCGUGGACCCCAUGGCCGUCUUCCCCUACCCGCUCAGCGAGACAACACCGAAGGAGAACCCUCAACGCCUCGGCACACAAACCCCGUCCGACUCAGAGGAAGAAAUCGAUGUGGUGACAGUGGAAAAGAUGCACCCAAAGAGGAGGAUAAGCAGUGCCGUUGUCCACCACAACUACUGUGCCACCCUGCCGGUCAAGCGGUCAAGAUCGUCCACACCAAGCAGCAGUCCUCAGCACAGCCCAUCCCUCGUAAAGCGACUCAAGUCGGUGAACGUCAGCGAGUUGAAGGCCGCGAUUCAGCCAUACGUCAGAAAAAGCACCUCCAAUCCUGGCAGUAGAGCCAACAGUCGGCCGUGUAGUCGUCCUAGCAGUGCUCCGACCAGUGAUUCUGAGGACAGUGAGUCAAAGCGCUCGACGCACAACAUUCUGGAAAGGAAGCGACGCAACGACCUGAAGGCGAGUUUCGUCACACUGCGGGAUAGCGUGCCAGAAUUGAAGGACAAUGAACGUGCACCAAAGGUCAACAUCUUGAGAAAGGCCACGGACUAUAUCCAGUCACUAGACAAGGAGAUGAAGAAGCUAAAUCGGGAAAAAGAUGCUGAACAAAAGAGGCAGCAGCACCUGUUACAACGACUUCAGGCUCUGCAGAAACUCUGCAGACAAUGAGACUGAAAGUUGAAAAGACAUUUGAAAAAGAUUUAUGUAACAGCUUCACACCGUUCUAAAGGUGUAAAGUUGGAACUGAACGACAGAACUUUUGCUUCAGAUUAUUCCAGUUACUUUUGUUGUCAGAAGAGAAAAAGGGAUAAAAACAGUUAUGGUUUGCAGGAAUGAUAAACUGCAUAUUUGUGCACAAAGUGAAACUGGUGACCCAGUGAAAAAGUCGUUUGUAAAUAAUAUUUUGGUUGUUGUCCUUGUGUUAGCUGUACAGCUAGUGGUCAGGAGGGCCACCUUAAAGUUCCUUGUACAUUUUGUAACUUGAUAUUAAGGUUUAUAUAGUUUACUUUAAUACUUGCAUAAAGACUAAAUAUUAUAUAUUUUCAGUUCUAUUCUUGACAGUUGAAGAAAAGCAGCCAUUUUGAUAUGUUGUUGAUACCAAUCAUGCUACCAUUGACAAGUAAAGCUUGCACAUGAUUUUGUACUCUUGGUAUUUCAGAGAUGAAUUUUUGUACAAUAAACAACAAAAACGUUAACUACACCUUGUGA